GGCUUAAUAUGCUGGCAAAUAAUUUCACAAGUUGUUUGUGUGUGUGAAGGCAGUAUAUUUGAAUAUCAUUAUAUUCUGAAUGUAGCAAUGAAGAGAGUUAUCUGAGCUUAUUUAAAUAUUAUGAAAGGCCAGACAGCUCCAGAAAUGAAAGAAUGUUUUACAUUUUUUAAUUGGAGUGCAUAUUUUCGUCCUUCACUGAUGCUGAUGGCGUGGGACAUCGCAUUUACCAAAACCCUUCCUGUCCUAGCUUCUGAGCACUGCCAACACAAUUUUCGGGAGAAGUAGACUCCAGAGAACUGAGAUAGAAGGGAUGUUGCUUUUCAAUGUGUGCUGACCCUUCUGUGCACUAACUUUCUGUCAUUGCCUGUAAACACCUCUUCCCUUUUCCCCUUUUGGUGUGUUUUAUCUGCUGUAUGGGUCACUCAGUGGCUCCAUUUGAGCACUCUCUCUUCCUUUCCACCUCUGAGGUCCAUAUGCUGUACUUCAUUUUCCUGGGCAGUUUGAUUUUUAUUAAUGUCUCUGGCCAGAUUUGCUCAGCUGAUCUCUCCUGAGCAUCCCCAGGUCAGCCCCAUGUGUCAGUGCAUACAGUGCUGUCCUUUUCUUUGACCUUACCAAGGAUGGCUUCUCAGAGCCCUUUGCAUCUUCCUUUGCUGUUUGAAUACAGAUCAGAAAUGGACUUUCAAAAGAGCAAGUCAUUGCCUGCAGAGCAGUGGGUCUGUUCUUUCUUUAUGGUGAGAUCUGAAAAUCCCACUAGCUAUAUCCUUCAUCUUACGGAGAUAUCUCUGAAGUUUGCAUAGCUCAGAAGAGGAGGGAGGUUUUCUCUCAUUGUCAGCUGCUGGAUGCUGGGGGGUGUCACGUAGGGGCAGUUUGCCCCCAAAUUAGAACAAUCCAGCCCCUAUCCUGCUAGUGUGCAAACGGAUUUCUUCCGAUGCAUUUUUCCAUCCCCCAAGUCUCUCUGAAGCCAACAAGACUGGGGUUAUGAAGUCAGUCCUAGAUGGCCUCGCAGAUACAACUUUCCGAACAAUCACUACAGAUCUCCUUUACGUGGGCUCCAACGAUAUCCAGUACGAAGACAUGAAAGGCGACAUGGCGUCCAAGCUGGGAUACUACCCCCAGAAGUUCCCUCUCUCUUCCUUCAGGGGUGAUCCUUUCCAAGAAAAAAUGACUGCGGGAGAUGAUCCCCUGUUGAGCAUUAUUCCCUCAGAUCAGGUCAACAUCACAGAGUUUUACAACAAGUCCCUGUCCACAUUUAAGGAUAAUGAGGAGAACAUACAGUGUGGGGAGAACUUCAUGGAUAUGGAGUGCUUUAUGAUCCUAAACCCCAGCCAGCAGCUGGCCAUUGCUGUGCUGUCGCUCACCCUGGGCACCUUCACGGUCCUAGAGAACCUCCUCGUCCUGUGCGUCAUCCUCCACUCUCGAAGCCUCCGGUGUAGACCCUCCUACCAUUUCAUCGGCAGCCUGGCUGUGGCUGACCUCCUGGGCAGCGUGAUUUUUGUCUACAGUUUUGUGGAUUUCCAUGUUUUCCACCGGAAGGACAGCCCCAACGUCUUCUUGUUCAAACUGGGUGGAGUUACAGCCUCCUUCACCGCCUCUGUAGGUAGCCUUUUCCUCACGGCAAUAGACCGGUACAUAUCUAUACACAGGCCACUUGCUUACAAAAGGAUUGUUACCCGACCAAAGGCUGUCGUAGCAUUUUGUGUGAUGUGGACCAUUGCUAUUGUAAUAGCCGUUCUUCCUCUGCUCGGCUGGAACUGCAAAAAGCUCAAUUCCGUUUGUUCAGACAUAUUCCCUCUCAUUGAUGAGACAUACCUGAUGUUCUGGAUCGGGGUCACCAGCGUCCUCUUGCUGUUCAUUGUCUAUGCCUACAUGUACAUACUGUGGAAGGCUCACAGCCACGCUGUUCGCAUGAUUCAGCGGGGCACGCAGAAAAGCAUAAUCAUUCAGUCUACGGAGGAUGGUAAGGUACAGAUCACUAGGCCUGAUCAAACUCGUAUGGACAUCAGGUUAGCCAAAACCUUGGUCCUUAUCCUAGUCGUUUUAAUCAUAUGCUGGGGCCCACUCCUCGCCAUCAUGGUGUACGAUGUCUUUGGGAAAAUGAACAAGCUCAUCAAGACUGUCUUUGCCUUCUGUAGCAUGCUCUGUUUGCUGAAUUCAACAGUGAAUCCCAUCAUCUACGCUCUGAGGAGCAAGGACUUACGACAUGCCUUCCGCAGCAUGUUCCCCACCUGCGAAGGAACUGCACAGCCCCUCGAUAACAGCAUGGAGUCUGACUGCCAGCACAAACAUGCCAACAACGCAGGGAACGUGCACAGGGCUGCCGAGAGCUGCAUUAAGAGCACAGUUAAGAUUGCCAAAGUUACAAUGUCUGUCUCCACAGACACGACUGCUGAAGCGUUGUAAGUCAGAGACUUCUCAGCAUUGUCAGAAAAGGAGUUAGUUUAAAAAAAAAAAAAUCAACAACAGAGAAAACCAAACCCGUGGCUUAACGUGUUUGUACCCUCCUGUAAUAUUUUUUUGGUUUGUCAUUGUAAACUGAGCGAUGAUUGUGUUAAGAGCAUCACCAUCAGCCAGUUCUUCAGGUUUUACAAUUAGGGAUUUAAGCUAAAUUUUCCAAAAUUUUUUUGUCAGAAAGUGUUUACUGAAUAAUAACUUUCCUGAAAGAGCACAGAGAAAAUAACAGGUUAGCAACGGUUUCUUUUGGGGGUGUGAAGAAAAAUUGUGAAACCUAAUUGAAAACUAAUGCAUCCUAAACCAAUAUAAUCAGAUAAGAAAAAAAGCCUUGUAAUCAUACUGUUCAUUUCAAUGUGAAGUGUAUUUCAUGUCUGUAAGUAUUAGGAGUUUUUCAUUCUUUCCAAAAGCGGCAGUGCUGAGUUUUAGAGAUUUUGUAAAACGUGUCGUGUCCCGUGAAUUGUAUGCUGUUUUAUUAUGUGUUAUUGAUAUUUGUCUGAUUAAACAAAGUGAUAAGGUAGACUUCUGUGGAAAUAAUGUGAAACGUGAUAUGUAAACCCCAUUGAAAACACUUAACUGUAUUUGAAGAAUUCCUAUGAGCUAUUUUGGAAAUUUUACACUUUUAGUGGUCUUCUGUGGACUUAGAGGAGAGGCUUUGUAUUCUUCUACUAAAAUUAUUUCCCCACUACCUUUUACUUUCACGUGCAUAUGAGAGUAACAGCAACAAAGGAAUAGAGGAGGAAUGUAAGAGAGGAAUGCACUGGUUCAGACUUUUAAAUACCACUGCGUUUAUACAGAAGGACGUUUAUGGUUUUCCAGACUAUUGCCCUGCCCUUGGGCGCUGCAUGAAUACGAACACUGAAAAGCAAAGGUCCCGGAUAUUGGCUCCUUUUAACAGGCAACUGGUUUUAAGCCACGUGCUGGUGCUGGACCACUGAAGACAGCAUGUGUCAGACUCAAUGUGCGAUGUUAUCACUGUGCAGUCAAUGUAUACUUGAAGUGUGUCGCAUUCCUGUAUCUCGGGUUUAAGCAGAUUCAGAGCCUGAGAUGCCGAGCUCCUGUCUUCACUAAAAGAGGAGGAAUUAUUGUCAGACAUUUUCUUAUUGUGUGAGCGUGUAUAUAAAUAAAUAUCUAUGUGUGUGU